AUGAUGAUUGAGUUUUGUAUAGGCAGAAUACAUAGUACAGAGAAAGAAAAAAAAAACCCGUCGGUCUCAAUCUCCUCUCUCUCCCUACUCUUCUCCAAUUCCUCCGUCGUCCCCAAAUCUUCCGCCGCCGGCGCGCCGCUCCUUCUCCCUAAAUCGCCCCAGUCUGAAUCAUCCCCCAAUUUACCAAAUCGUCUUCUCCGAUCGAUUCAAGUAGCUGCGUCUGCGACUCCUUGUCGCCGGUCGUCGAUUCGUCAGUCGAGGGCGCUGAGCUUGGAGGUUUCGGCCGGGCACACUGUUGUUCACCGUCAAGGGAGAAAGUCUUCUCCCAACUCUCCCAAAAUCUCAGUUUCAUUAUCAAGGUAA